AUGCAAGAAAAUAAACCUUCAGAUUUACUUGCUAGACGACUUGGUAUUGAUUUAUUUUCGGCCGCUUCAGCUGCCUUUGGUGUUUCUCCUUUUAUAACAAUUGUUGAUAGAAACAAAUUAGGAGCAGCUUUAAAACGUGGCUUCGCCGACCUAUUCACGCGUCCUCACAAAUUCGUUCGUACCCCUGCUUUCCUUUUAGUUUUUGGCGUCUAUUGCGCUACCUACACUACUGCCAACGCUAUAGACACUAUAUGUUCCUACACAAAUCUGGAUAAUCAAACCCCAAAAUUUUUGGGCACUACAAUAGCUAAUAUGACAACAUGUAUAUACAAAGAUCGAGCUUUUACUCGUAUGUUCGGUAUUGUUGCACCAAAAGGUCUUCCUUUAGGCUCUUAUGGUUUAUUCGCCACUAGGGAUGCUCUCACUAUUGCAGCCAGUUUUAACUUACCAUCAGUAUUGGCUCGUGAAUUUUAUGAUAGAAAAUAUUUUUUGGACUAUGAAACGUCUCAAAACUUUUCACAAAUGUUAUGUCCUGCUGCUGUUCAAAUCGUUAGUUGUGCUUUACAUUUACUUGGUUUGGAUUUAUAUAAUAGACCUGGUAUUAGUUGGUCUUCUAGGUUUAAUUUUUUGGCAAAGAAUUACGCCAAAACUACCAUUACCAGAAUUGCUAGAAUUGGUCCGGCAUUUGGUAUAGGUGGUGUCGGAAAUAGGGUUAUUAAAGAAAGAGUUAGUGAAUUGGUUUUUGACCGACAACAGGUUGGUGUGGUGGCAACGGCUUUUAAAUAA